GAGCGUCUUCUACUUUCUUUGCUGCCCGCUCACAUUGCCAUGGAAAUGAAAGCAGAGAUCAUUCAGAGGUUGCAAGGUCCCAAGGCAGGCCAGCUGGAAAACACCAACAACUUCCACAAUUUGUAUGUCAAAAGGCACACCAAUGUAAGCAUCUUGUACGCUGAUAUCGUGGGAUUCACUCGCCUGGCCAGUGACUGCUCCCCAGGGGAACUGGUGCACAUGCUAAAUGAGCUGUUCGGCAAGUUUGAUCAGAUUGCAAAGGAAAAUGAAUGUAUGAGAAUUAAAAUCCUAGGUGACUGCUAUUACUGUGUUUCUGGACUACCUAUAUCUCUUCAAAAUCAUGCCAAGAACUGUGUGAAAAUGGGACUGGACAUGUGUGAAGCAAUUAAGAAAGUGAGAGACGCAACUGGAGUUGACAUUAAUAUGCGCGUAGGAGUGCACUCUGGGAAUGUGCUUUGUGGCGUUAUUGGUCUACAGAAGUGGCAGUAUGAUGUCUGGUCACAUGACGUUACUCUGGCAAAUCACAUGGAAGCUGGAGGAGUCCCAGGCCGUGUUCACAUCACUUCAGUCACCUUGGCACAUUUGAAUGGAGCUUACAAAGUGGAAGAUGGGGAUGGAGAUGUGAGGGACCCAUAUCUGAAAGAGCAUAAUGUUAAGACUUACUUUGUAAUCAAUCCUAAGGGAGAGAAGCGAAGCCCUCAGCACCACAUUAGACCUCGACAUACUCUUGAUGGAGCCAAAAUGAGAGCUUCUGUCCGCAUGACCCGAUACCUGGAAUCUUGGGGAGCGGCCAAGCCAUUUGCACACUUGCACCACAGGGACAGCAUGACCACUGAAAACGGCAAGAUAAGCACAACA